AUGGCUUCUACUAACUCCAAUGCUGGUGGUGUUGAAUGCAACAACUUCAAUGCUGAACUGGAAGCUUGUGUGCAGAAAAUUGACCUGAACAACAUGGAUGAGGAAAUGGUUGAGAAGGAACCUGCUGUUGACUCCCCUGCAAGGGACCCUCCAACUGCUGAAAAUUCCAAGGAGCAGGAACGGGAGUCUCAGGAGGAUGACAUUGAGUUGGAAGGGGAGGAGGACAUUCUGCAUGCUGAAAUUGCUAAGCUGCAGGAUCAUGCUGUUGAGCAGGAUACGCGCAUCCAGCAGCAGCAGUCAGUCAUCACCAACCUCACGAGGGAGCUCUCUGACCAGGACGACAAAAUCAAGUACCUGGAAGUUGAGUUUAAAAACAUGAAGCAUGAUGCGCGCGAGCACGUUCAUCAGCUGGCGAGGCAGACCUCAAAGAUCAACGAGCUGCGCGAGGCCUUCAGUGCCCUCCGAAGAGAGACCAUGUGA